AUGGUCGAAGAACUCGACAUUACUGAUUUACGCGUCCAUUUCAUUGCUGAUUAUCUUAUCAAAUCAUUACGUCUUCGAGCGGACAAGUGGGCAAAAAUGAUUCAAAUCGAAGAACAAAAUCGAACGAUACUUGAUUUUUGUGAAAAACCUCAACCAACUUUACUUGUCUUUCAUGUUAAUCCUGCUGGAAAUCUUAUAGUAGGAACAUCAUUUCCAUCAUCACUCAAAAGUAAAGCAUGUUUUUUUGAUAAAAAAUCACCAGAACCCAUACAACGUGAAUCGAAAGAAAAAGUUGCUGCAGCCUUAAAUUUUGGUGAUUUAUCAAAUGCUGCACUUGAACAAUUACAAAUUUAUGUCAAUGAUGUUGUUCGACCACUGUUAACGACACCACAAAACCGUGAAGAAUGGCCUGAAGUUGUUGUAACUGAUUUACAAAAACAUGUUUCUGAUCUUCAGUCACAACUUCAAGUUGUUACAAGUCUUGUUAAAGGAAAAAUUUUAUUACCAUACCCAAAAUAUAGUGGUUCAACAGCUACAAAUGGUACAUUGUAUGCUAAUGGACAAAGUCGAACAAAUGAAACACCACAAACAAGUUCUAGAAAGUAUGCCAUUGAUUUUAAUUAUUGUAAUUAUCUAUUAAUAAAUUUUUGUUUUAGUGCUGAAACAAUCGAUUUAAAGUUAGUACAUGCAGUAGAAUCUGUUGUUAUUGAAUGGUCACAUCAAAUUCGUGAAGUAUUAAAAAAAGAUUCAGCACAACCAUUACUUGAUGGUCUUGAUCCAUUACCUUCAAUUGAAAUUGAAUUUUGGAAAUCAAAACGUUCUAAUCUUGAAUCAAUUUCUGAACAGCUCAACGAUCCACGUGUAACAAAAAUGGGUGAAUUACUUUCUAAAAGUAAUAGUUCAUAUUAUCCAUCAUUUUUACAAAUACAUAAUGAUGUUCGUCAUGCACUUGAUGAAGCACAAGAUAUUGAUACACAUUUACGACCAUUAGCAAGCCAUUUUGAAUCAAUAGAAACAACUGAUUUUAUGGAAGCUAAACAUUUAUUUAAGCCAAUGUUUCAUAUAAUUGGUCUAUUAUAUGAUAAUUGUCUUCAUUAUGCUACAGCAUCAAGAAUAGUUGUUUUAUUACAAGAAAUAUGUAAUCUUAUUAUGAAACAAGCAAGUGAACAUUUAGAACCCAUGGAAUUAUUUAAAGGUGAAGUUGAUGAAGCAUUAAUGAAAAUUGAUGAUACAUUUGAUACAUUAAAAGAAUUUAUUGAUGAAUAUGAAAUAAUUCGAACGAAAAUGAGCACAAAAUGGGAUUUUUCACCAAAACUUGUUUUUGCUAAAUGGGAUAUAUUUAUGACAAGAAUGAAUCGUAUUAAAGAUUUAUUUUCAACAGCAAAUACUUUUCUUAAACUUGAAAAAGUUGAAAUUGGUGGUGUUAAAGGUCGAGCAUUAUCUGCUGAAAUUCUUCAAAUAUAUGAAGAAUUUAAAGCACAAUUCGAAAAAUUUAAUAAUAAAACAUACAAUCCACUUGAUCCAAAAAAUACGGCAUUUCUCAAUGAUGCAGAAGAAUUUCAAGAAGGAAUUGAUGAUCUUGAUCGACGUAUUGGUCGUAUCGCAAAUCAAGCAUUUGCUGAUUGCAAUGGUCUUGAAGCCAUGUAUAAAUUAAUUCAUAUAUUUGGAUUAUUACUUGAACGACCUAUGAUUCAUCAUGAUUUUGAAAAAAAUUAUCCAAUUAUUCUUGAGCAAGUUGAACGUGAAAUGGAUGAUGCUAAACAAAUAUAUGAUGAACAAAUGGAUAUACAACAAGAACAAGGCUCAAUUCAACUUGAUCGUAAUAUGCCGAAAGUAGCCGGUAGUUUAAUGUGGGCUGAAGAACUUAAACAACGAUAUACACAGCCAAUGGAACAAUUUCGAGCGGUAGAUAAUGAAAUAACCCAAACAUCUGAUGCUAAACGUGUUGAAGGAAAAUAUAAUGAAUUAAAUGAACUUGUUGAUAGAUUUAUUGAAGAACUUUAUAAAGAAUGGGCUACUAAUGUAAGUGAAGCAUCGAAAUUUAACCUUAAUCAACAUUUAAUUACACGAAACCCAAAAAAUCAAUUGAUACAAUUAAAUUUUCAUCCACAACUUGAAACAGUCUUACGUGAAGUUCGUUAUCUUGAAAUAAAAGAUCGUAAAGAUAUUCCACAAGCUGCUUUGGAUAUUUAUAAAGAAAAUGAUACAUUUUUAUCAUUUAUUAAUAAUUUAAAUUAUACAAUAACAUCCUACAAUAAAAUUCGUGAAACAAUUGCUGAAGUUGAAUAUCCAUUAAUUGAACAACAACUUCAAGCAAUUGAUCAACAAUUAUCUGAUGCUGAAAAUAAAUUGACUUGGUCAACAUCUGGUAAAUUUUGUUGA